AUGAUCGACGAAAUAGGCAAACAAAAUAGGCGAAUAGAUAUUGAAGGACUAAAAACGCUUGCAAUAAUAAAUCUAUUCUUGUUUCAUGUAAACCAUAAAUUUUUCAAUAAUGGGCUCAUUGGAGUUGACAUAUUUUUUGUUAUCUCCGGUUACCUUGCAAGAAUGACCCUCAAGGAUUCGCUUAGUAUUCGAUCCAUUAAAAAUUAUAUUAUAAAAAGAAUUAAACGUUUUAUUCUACCAUAUUAUUUUAUAUUUUGGCUGAUAAUUCAUAUUCGCCUACAUUCUGCAAAAGAAUCAAUUGGUUAUUUAUCAUUCAGAGAAUUCACUCUCACCAAGAAUAAUAUUCGCAACGAAUGCGUUUCUGAGUUUGAACAUUUAUGGUCAUUGCCCAUCAUUUUACAAUUUCAAUUUCUUGCACCAUUUCUGAUGAGCCUAAGGCUGAUGAAAAUGGGUCGAUUGCUGUUUGUUUUCGCAGCCUUAUUUUCUUUCGUUCUAUACGUUGCUCAGUGUGGAAGAAUAUCUCGAAAUUUAUCGGAAUAUCUAUGGCAGUUUUUAAUUGGAUCUUUUGCUUAUGAACUUGAUGGGAGCAAUAAUGGUACUGAACAAGCUGAGCAGAUAAAUACAGCAGCACGACCAGUGGAUCGUUUUCUUCUAAAUGAUACUGUAUUGGCAGAAAUAAUCAGAAUUAAUGAAAUAAAUAAAUUAUCGAAAUAUCCAACAAUACCCGAAUUGAAGAUGAUUGAAGAUUUACCAAUUAUUUCAAAACUUAAAAGAUUUGGUUUUUUGCAGGGCUCAGGAAAUACUACUGUGGUUGUAUUUGGCAAUAGCCUGGCAAUGGCUGCUUUAUAUUAUAUUGUUCCAGCUUUUGGCUUGCACAGAAUCCGACACAUAAAGUUACUGAGCACACCUGGUUGUACACCAAUUUACAAUGUUAAGUCACUGAACAAUCGCUAUCGAAAUUGCCCGCAAUUCUUCAAAAUUUCAAUGGAAAUUAUUCAAAAAAUGAUGCCUGAUAUCAUUUUUUUAAAUUUCAUGUUUAUUUGGCCAUUUCAUGAGCCGAUCAAAGAUAUCUCAAAAGAUGUUCUUCAAUACAAAUUACAAAAAACUAUUAACGAUAUGAUGAAAUACACCAGAAGAAUUGUAUUCUCAUAUGACAAUCCAUAUGCGCCCAAUAAUUUUCCAAACCCAGAAGAUAUUACAACGAGGCUUGCCAAAAGAUUACCAAUCGACGAUCUAAAUAUUCCAUUCGAGGUGUUUUUAAAUAAUAGCCAAAACGCUUAUAGAAGAAUUGGUGCACUUCGGUGUAAAAAAUGCGAAUUUGUUCAUGUUUAUCGAUGGUUAUGCGACACCAAGAUUUGUCAUACUUAUGAUUCUAAAACGUUGAUAACAUAUUAUGCUGAUAAAGUACAUUUUGGAAUAAAUGGAAUUAAAUUUAUGAUACCUUUUUAUAAGAAAUUAGUAGAAGAACUAUAUGCGAAAGAAUAUAUUUGA